ACAGUUGACUGGGCUAAAGAAAGAUUGAAUAACUCUGUGAACACUGGAGGAAAUUGAUCUGCGCAGGUCUUGAAUACUCGUCCAGGCAUGCUGGUAUUCACGCUUGGGAAUGCUUUAGCUACUUUCAAUUUGAAACACUGCAUGGGGGAAGAUUUUGAAAAGAAGUUGUGGCGUAGUUAGCUCUGCCUCAGUUUUAUGUGACUAUAGAAAUUCUUUGCAAAGAUAGGUUUACGUCAAUCAGCAUGUCCAAAGACUCAGAGAGGUCCUUCCGAGUCCAGUCUCUUGAUGUUGAAAGCCUCCAGUCAGUUAAGACUGAGUUAGGCAUUCUGGAUUCAGUCUUAAAAAGGAACCUGGACUUCGCCAUGAAAGCUCUAGAGGCCAUGCCCAUGUCCAAAAAGGAAGAUGCUGCACUACAGGUGGAAGGAGAGCAAACUCUUAUCAAGAUCAAUGCAUUUCCAACUUGCUGGGGCUUUCCUGUGUUCCAUUAUGUGGUGUGGAAUGACAAUAAUGAUCUCAAACUGCUUCAGAAAAUCAGAGUGAGGGAGGCCCCGCUGACAACUGAAAACAUUUGUGAGUCACACUUUGUUGGACAUUGCUGCAGGGAUGAAUUUAAGAGUUGCAUGAAGCAGGCACGUGAGAAACUGGCACAUGAGAAAAUGGCCUCUAAAAAAGAUGGUCUUGCCAAUGUGGAGUUGAAGAUCAUAUGUGGAGAACUGCACCUCACCUAUGUUACUUCGGCCAACUCCUCCACUGCCAUUGAGAUCCGGCCUGAUCGAAGAGUAAGAAUUGAGAAUGACUUUCUCAGUGACGUCCUGAGAGUGAUGCACCAAAUGGAGAAGUCUGGGGAGAUGUCCCCAGGAAUGUUGGCCUGCUUCCAGCACCUGAUAGCUUCCAGCCCUAAAGCUAAACAUAAGGGCGCUGUCCAGAUCUUGCUCAUGAGCGAUGGCAAAAGAGUUGAAUUUCUUCAUCAUGAUCACUUGGCAGUGCUUGAUCGUUUUGUUAUAUUCAUUGGUGCCAACAACAAGCCAGAGAUGCGCCGUACUACAGAACACUGUCUUCAAUAACAUGGGACAGUAACCAUAUGGAUAUCAAGGGUGUUUUUGUGUACAUGGUAUAAGAUUAGCAAGUUAGAAGAAUAAGAAGAGUGUCCUGUUAAUCCACAAGUAUUCUGAAUUAGGCCUAGUGUAGGCGGAAUGCACAUUGAUUGUCCAUCCAAUUCAAUGGGACAUUCUGUUGCAUUCUGAGGAGCCUUUUUAAUAAUGUAAUCAAUGAAUGGGUUUGACUUACUUCUGAGCUCAACUUCACUGCUUUAUCUUACAAUGUUACGCAAUUUAUUUUCUUGAACAUUGUAAUCUUUGUCAAAUAUUUAGUAAUGUUCUAGUUGUUUUAUUAUUAUUUUGUCCUUUAAAAGUUAUAUUUAGGACAUUCUCCUUAAUGAAUCUGCAUGUAACAUAGAUAUUGUGUGUUAAA